UUUCUGGAGAUCACUCUGCACUUCCUGAGGAGAAUGAAGCAGGAGGAGCUGGCUGACUGUCUGCAGAGCAAGUGCAGACGUAAACUGAAGUCUCACCUGAAGGAGAAGUUCCAGUGUGUGUUUGAGGGGAUCGCUAAAGCAGGAAACCCAACCCUUCUGAACCAGAUCUACACAGAGCUCUACAUCACAGAGGGAGGGACUGGAGAGGUCAAUGAUGAACAUGAGGUCAGACAGAUUGAAGCAGCAUCCAGGACACCACACAGACCAGAGACCACCAUCAGACAAGAACACAUCUUUAAAGGCUCACCUGGAAGAGAUCAACCAAUCAGAGCAGUGCUGACAAAGGGAGUGGCUGGCAUCGGGAAAACAGUCUUAACACAGAAGUUCACUCUGGACUGGGCUGAAGACAAAGACCACCAGGACAUCCAGUUCACAUUCCCCUUCACUUUCAGAGAGCUGAAUGUGCUGAGAGAGAGAAAGUUCAGCUUGGUGGAACUUGUUCAUCACUUCUUUACUCAGACCAGAGAAGCAGGACUCUGCAGGUUUGAAGAGUUCCAGGUUGUGUUCAUCUUUGAUGGUCUGGAUGAGUGUCGGCUUCCUCUGGACUUCCACAACAAUCAGGUCCUCACUGAUGCUACAGAGUCCACCUCAGUGGAUGUGCUGCUGACAAACCUCAUCAGGGGGAACCUGCUCCCCUCUGCUCGCCUUUGGAUCACCACAAGACCUGCAGCAGCCAAUCAGAUCCCUCCUAUGUGUGUUGACAUGGUGACAGAGGUCAGAGGGUUCACUGACCCUCAGAAGGAGGAGUACUUCAGAAAGAGAUCCAGAGACCAGGAGCAGGCCAGCAGAGUCAUCUCCCACAUAAAGACGUCCAGAAGCCUCCACAUCAUGUGCCACAUCCCGGUCUUCUGCUGGAUCACUGCUACAGUUCUGGAGGAUGUGCUGAAGACCAGAGAGGGAGGAGAGCUGCCCAGGACCCUGACUCAGAUGUACAUCCACUUCCUGGUGGUCCAGUCCAAACUUAAGAGCAUCAAGUACAAUGUUGGAGCUGAGACUGAUCCACUUUGGAGUCCAGAGAGCAGGGAGAUGAUCCAGUCUCUGGGAAAACUGGCUUUUGAUCAGCUGCAGAAAGGAAACCUGAUCUUCUAUGAGUCCGACCUGACAGAGUGUGGCAUCAAGAUCAAGGAAGCCUCAGUGUACUCAGGAGUGUUCACACAGAUCUUCAGAGAGGAGAGAGGACUGUACCAGGACCAGGUGUUCUGCUUCAUCCACCUGAGUGUUCAGGAGUUUCUGGCUGCUCUUCAUGUCCAUCUGACCUUCACCAAGUCUGGACUCAACCUGAUGGAAGAACAACCAACGUCCCUGAUCUCUAGAAUCUUUAAAAACAAACCUAAACUGAAACGUCUCCAUCAGAGUGCUGUGGACCAGGCCUUACAGAGUCCAAAUGGACACCUGGACUUGUUCCUGCGCUUCCUCCUGGGUCUCUCCCUGCAGACCAAUCAGACUCUCCUGAGAGGUCUGCUGACACAGACAGGAAGUAGCUCACAGACCAAUAAGAAAACGGUCCAGUACAUCCAGAAGAAGAUCAGUGAGGAUCUGUCUGCAGAGAGAAGCAUCAACCUGUUCCACUGUCUGAAUGAACUGAAUGACCGGUCUCUAGUGGAGCAGAUCCAACAGUCCCUGAGAUCAGGACGUCUCUCCACAGAGGAACUGUCUCCUGCUCAGUGGUCAGCUCUGGUCUUCAUCUUACUAGCCUCAGAGAAAGAUCUGGAUGUGUUUGACCUGAAGACAUACUCUGCUUCAGAGGAGGCUCUUCUGAGGCUGCUGCCAGUGAUCAAAGCCUCCAACAAAGCUCUGCUGAGUGGAUGUAACCUGUCAGAGAGAAGCUGGGAUUCUCUGGCCUCAGUCCUCAGCUCACAGUCCUCCAGUAUGAGAGAGCUGGACCUGAGUAACAAUGACCUGCAGGAUUCAGGACUGGAGCUCCUGUCUGCCGGACUGAUGAGUCCACAUUGUAAACUGGAAACUCUCAGGUUUACUGGAUGUAACCUGUCAGAGAGAAGCUGCGCUUCUCUGGCCUCAGUCCUUAGCUCACAGUCCUCCAGACUGAGAGAGCUGGACCUGAGUAACAAUGACCUGCAGGAUUCAGGACUGGAGCUCCUGUCUGCCGGACUGAUGAGUCCACAUUGUAAACUGGAAACUCUCAGGUUUACUGGAUGUAACCUGUCAGAGAGAAGCUGCGCUUCUCUGGCCUCAGUCCUUAGCUCACAGUCCUCCAGACUGAGAAAGCUGGACCUGAGUAACAAUGACCUGCAGGAUUCAGGACUGGAGCUACUGUCUGCCGCACUGCAGAGUCCACUUUGUAAACUGGAAACUCUCAGACUGUCAGGAUGUCUGAUCACAGAGAGAGGCUGUGCUUCUCUGGCCUCAGCUCUGAGGUCCAGCCCCUCCCACCUGAGAGAGCUGGACCUGAGCUACAAUCAUCCAGGACACUCAGGAGUCCAGCUGCUGUCUGCUGGACUGAGGGAUCCACGAUGCAGACUGGAUACACUGAGGCUGAGUGGAUGUAACCUGUCAGAGGGAAGCUGUGCCUCUCUGUCCUCAGUCCUCAGCUCACAGUCCUCCAGUCUGAGAGAGCUGGACCUGAGUAACAACAACCUGAAGGAUUCAGGAGUGACGAUUCUGUCUUCUGGACUGAGAAGUCCACACUGCAAACUGGAAACUCUCAGACUAUCAGGAUGUAUGAUCAGAGAAGAAGGCUGUGCUUCUCUGGCCUCUACUCUGAGCUCCAACCCUUCGCACCUUAGAGAGCUGGACCUGAGCUACAACCAUCCAGGAGACUCAGGCAUCAAGCAGCUGUCUGCUGGACUGAAGGAUCCACACAACAGACUGGAUACACUGAGGGUGGACCAUGGUGGAGAGCAGAGGUUAAAACCUGGAGUGAAGAAGUAUGUCUGUGAACUCACUCUGGACUCAAACACAGCAAACAGAGAGCUCAGACUGUCUGAAGACAACAGGAAGGUGACACGUGUGUUAGAGGAUCAGUCAUAUCCUGAUCAUCCAGACAGAUUUGGCUCCUGGCCUCAGCUGCUGUGUAGAGAUGGUCUGACUGGUCGCUGUUACUUGGAGGUCGAGUGGAAAGGAGUGGUUAAUAUAUCAGUGAGUUACAGAGGAAUCAGAAGGAAAGGAGGCAGAGGUGACUGUGUGUUUGGAUCUAAUGAUCAGUCCUGGAGUCUGAAAUGCUCUGAUAAAGCUUACUCUGUCUGUCACAAUAACAGAGAAACAGUCCUCCCUCUCUCCUCGUCCUCUGACUCUCACAGAGUAGCAGUGUAUGUGGACUAUCCUGCUGGCACUCUGUCCUUCUACAGAGUCUCCUCUGACUCUCCGGUCCACCUCCACACCUUCAGAACCUCCUUCACCGAACCUCUGUAUCCUGGGUUUGGGAUUUCGUCUUCUGGUUCCUCAGUGCGUGUGUGUUCUGUGUAGAACACACACACACACUUCAUCUGAUCAUGAGACUGUUUCUGUCACAUCAGCAUGAACGUCUGUGAUCAAAGAGCAGGACUCAGUGGAAAACUGUCUAACUGAACUUUACUUCUUUACAUCUCUGUUGUGAAAACAUCGGGCCUCAUUCAUUCUUUGUUUCUUCAAUGUGUUGAUGAGAAAGUUUGUCAGAGAAGUCUGAGUCUCAUUCAUUAAACUGUCCUUCACCUGCA